UAUUAAAGAAAAAAUGAUUUAUUGUGUCCCAACAACUUUGGAAAGUUACGAAGAUUGGUUUAUAUGUCAAAAUUGUCUGCUAUUGUUGAGGAGUUCUCAUAAGUUUAUUAAUAUGGUUAUAAGUUCACAGGAGUAUCUAAAAAUUUGUAAUGAACAUACAAACGAAGAAGUUUGUAGCGAUUUAGACCAAGAAAUUGAUGUUAUUACACCCGAUUUGGUGAAUUGCAACAAAAAAACACCUAAAGUAGAUAAAAAUAAUUUUUUUUGUAAAAUAUGUAACAUAAAAUUUAAAAAUCAAAAAUUAUUAUCAAACCAUUUAAAAGAAACUCACAAUCAUAACAAGACUCACAAUAAAAUAAUUAAUAACACAAAUAAACACUACCAAUGCCAUUAUUGCAAAAAAAUAUUUAAACAAUCUUGGCAUUUGCAUGAUCACAUCACUUCCCAUUUAGGAGAUAAAAAAUAUAAAUGCAUUUUAUGUGAUAAAACGUUCUUGAGAGUUACUUCAUUAAGAAGGCACUUUAAAAUUCAUGAAAGAGCACCUGGUGAAAAAGUUAAACAUUCUCCAGUGUUAUGUACAAUAUGUGGAAAGAAAAUUUUGUACUCAAAUGGGUUACAACGCCACAUGAGAAUGCAUCUUGGUAUAAAACAACAUGAAUGUGAAUUUUGUAAACGAAAAUUUGCGCAAAAAACUCAUUUACUUGCUCAUAGAAGAACUCACACUGGUGAGAAGCCUUACAUUUGUGAUACUUGUGGUGAAGCUUUUACACUUAAUGCUUCUUUAAGGAAACAUAUUAACACCCAUAAGAAAAAUGUUAAUCUUGAAUGUACUUGUUAUUGAUUACAUUUUUUUUUAAAUUUUAA